ACAGAAGAAGAGGAAGCAGAAGAAAAGUUUCGAGAAAAGGGGGCGGGAAGGGACUCCGGGGUGAAAGUGUCGUAAUCCCACAGCGAGCAUGACCGACGCCGAGGCGCAGAGCGCUCCACCAUCGGUUACUGAGGAAGAGAAGCCACAGCCGGAGAGGAAAGUCAUAGCCACCUUGGUCCAAGGCACAGUGAAGUGGUUCAAUGUGCGUAAUGGAUAUGGCUUCAUAAACAGAAAUGAUACCAAAGAAGAUGUGUUUGUUCAUCAGACCGCUAUCAAGAAGAACAAUCCUAGAAAAUUCCUCCGCAGUGUUGGCGACGGGGAGGUUGUUGAGUUUGAUGUGAUCGAAGCCUCCAAGGGCUCAGAAGCAGCCAAUGUGACCGGUCCGGGUGGCGUUCCAGUCAAAGGCAGUCGCUACGCUCCCAACAAACGCCGCUUCCGUCGGCGAUUUUUCCCACGCAGCCCAGGGCCCGGUGAGGAGGGCAAACCAGCUGAUGGCCAAUCCUCCGCUGCUGAGGGAGAGGGAUCAGGAGAGAACGAUUGCGUGAAACCUCAGCAACGCCGUCGGAGACCCCGACGACCGCGGCAGGAAACUCAAGAUGCUGAGGCUGGAGAGCAAAAGAACGGCGUGGCAGAGGGCGACCAAACGCAGCGACAGCCACAGCGCAGGUUCUGGCGCCCAUACCGCAGACCGUUCCGCCCUCGGCCAUCUCCUGACGAGGCUGCGAACGGCCAGCAGGCUGCUCCAGAAGAGAUCCAGGAGCAAGGAGAGGUGACUCAGACUGAGGCCUCUGAGGGCCCCCAGACCAACGGAGAAGCAGCUGAGGGCCAGAAACAACAACGGCGCCAGUCUAGACGGCGCAGGCAAAGGAACUCAGAGUCCUCUACCUCGAAAAACGAUACAGAAAAGUCUGCAUCAGAGCCUGGUACCCCCCCUCAGACCACCAAACCAGCUGACCUUAAAUCCACGUCAAAAUCACCAAAGCGCUCCCCCAAAACCUCUCCCAAAACGCCAAAAUCACCCGAGCAGGCAGCUGACACAACAGUCCCAGCAGCAACAGAGUGACCCUCGUGAGAGGACAGUCUCAUGACCCUUGGUCUUAGGGUUGGAGGACUGGACCUAUUUCAGAACACAUGCACUGCGCUCCCCUCCCUGCACGUCCCCAUUCUCCAACCCACCCUGUCUCGCUGCCAUCCCUCAGGCCUCAUCCCCUCUUGUCUAAACGGGGACAGAGAGUGAGGAGGUAGGGAAGAAGGGGAUACAGGUGGGUGGUGGGUGCAUAUUUAGAAAUUGAAAGUACAUCUUUAAAAAGACAAACGGGAUAGAAUGGACAAUUUGCUUGGUAGCCCAGUUAUUCCAACCCCCCUUUAAAAACAAUUUUUCUUUAAUUGCCUAGAUGGGACAAAUCAAGAAGUUUAUAGAGGAACCAGCCUUGAUUUUUAUUUAACUUUUUAAAAUUUGGUUGAAGAGGGGAAAACCAAGCAGGUGUGAGGUUGGUGGUGCAUUAUGGGAGUCAGUUUAGUUCUGGUACCACCUCAAUCGAUUCUUGAAACGUACUACUCCCUUCAUCUCCUCAGUUGAGGAAAGUUUGAUGAAAAACUUUAUUUUUGUGUUUUACUUAUUUGUGUGUGUGCUUUUCUUUGGAGGGGAUUAUGUGCAAUGUCGGUAGUAAAAAUGCUUAUUAAUAAAUCAUGUUUGCAAAUCUCA